AUGGCACGGCAGCGAGUGACAGAGAGAGCGAGAGGGAGAGUCCAAAACGUGCCCAAAUCUGGACAAGAUGUGGAAAGCAGAUGGAAUUUCGAUGCUGUAGCUUGCAGAACCGGGGUAUGGCCAGUGCCAGUCCCAGGCUCGGCAUCUCCUGCAUAUGCACCUUUCGCCGGGGGGGUGCCGGAGUUGACAAACUUCGAGCAAGACGGACUCCCUGAGAUCAUCGCGCCUCCUCCGUCUGACAUGAUCGGGAAAGGUCAGAAGACCACGCUGACAAGAGCGCACAAAAGUCGCUUUGCGAAGGAGGGUCAACUUGCGCUAUUAUCUUCUGCAUUGCUGAACUUAGAUGCCCGGUCGACCGAGUCGCCAUCAAAGGGCUGGGACACUGGCGCUUAA